CCAAAUCUUGUUUUGACUUGAUAUUACAGAGUGAGAGAAGAACGCGAAAUACUCGAUGCCACAAACGAGCUGGCCCUUGCGGUUCAGUACACACCCGUGAACAGGACAGAUCUAUGGAUUCAUCGGUCAAUUUUUCAAUCGGCGGGUUCUAACCCAUCGAACACUCAAAAAACAAGUGAUUUUCGGUCCUUUUCGCCUGCUGCCACGAACGUGAGCAACUUCAACGCAAAUCGCCACCGAUGAAAUCGGAGCUCUCCUUCUCAGCAAGGUGACGCAAAAAGCCACGCUAGAAUCCACCGCGUCAUCGUCGCGCAAAACGAAUCCCCAGAUCGGGUACUCAUCAUGGGUACUCAUCGGUACGUCUGGGAAGAAAAAAUCGCCAGACUCGAGGAAAAAACGAAUGCAAAAGUUCUCGAGUAAAAACGAGAUAUGUGGCGAAAAACAUGGUAUGACGAUGGAGGCCAGGGCGUCGCAAGCAAGGUUCGACGGGCUGGUGAGGAGGGCAGAUGUCAAGGAGUUGACACGGAGCCUCGUCUUAGGUUCGUGGGCGCGGGCGGAGGCAAAGCGAGCGCGGUGGUGGCCGGAGCACCUGGGAUGAUGUGCGAGAGUUUUUGUUUUUUUUGUGCGUGUGUUUUUCUUGCUGCU